UAGUUGCUGGUGCGCUCUCAGCAGCAGGAGGCUCGCGGUUGGUGAGAAGAGCAUCGGACUGGAAAGGGAUAGGGCUGAAGACCAUCCCCUGCAAGUGCCAAACCCCAAAUUCAAAUCCCUCGUCAGAUAAGCACAGUACGCUUCAAAGAUGAACAGAAAAGGCGAGAUUUUGGGGACCUGACCGACGAGGACAUCGCCGUAGGUGUACUUGGCGCGGCCGUCGAGCAGGGCAUCCACCGCAACUGCGAGAGACCAAGGCAGAUCGAAUCGACUGAGCACAAAGCACAAAGGCGAAGUUCAAACGGAGAGAUUGAUUGGGCGAGACCCAGGUCGCGGCUGAUAUCGCAGACGGUUACGGCGCCGGGCGUCGGGAAGCUCGGGCGGCAUCGUCGAUUUGCUUGGUUGCUGGAAGCUAGUAUACAAGACAACGUUGGGAAAGAGCGGCGCAGCGCGGCGGCGGGAUCAACCGAGGGGUGAGGGGGGAAAGAGAGCGGCGAUGGAUCGUCGACGGCGAGGGGAACACCAAAUCGUAACGGACGGACAAAUGGCUGCUGGCUGCUAAAUCCAACGACCGAGAGGUAGUCAACAUUCCAUUUGGUCUCCCCGCCUCCAAGGUCAGCCGACACCCGUUUCAUUCCGAUUCUUCCCGCCCGCCCAUCACUCUCCCCCCUGCCUCGCCCUCGCCCUCGCCCUCGCCCUCACCAGCUAGCAGCUACUGCAGCCACCUAAGCUCUGCAGCUCUCUCGUCCUCCUCCGUCUACCACCAACAAUGCUACGGAGCUCUCUUAACCCAUCUCUCUGGGCCCUGGCUUUGCACGCACCGUGCUCGAUGAAAUGCCUGCGAGCUUGAACGGAUUGCGAUUACUUUAGAGAUGCAGGUGUCGUUCUCAAUGCAGUUUUAAAUUUUCUCGGGAUUGGAUUACUAAUAUACAAGCAAAUGGCAUCGAUCAUAUUUGGUCCAAGAAUCCUGCAUGCACUCCCUCUGCGACUGCACGUGCUCAGUGAGACAUUUCAGUACGGUCCUUUUAAUUGUGGUGUGCAGCGGAGGUGGAAGAAGCCAGUAGAUUCAGCAAGAACCCGUCUGGAGGGCAGAACAAGGGAUCAUAGGCUGGACAAGCUCAUCAUUCAACUGAAGAACUUGAGGGUGGCCUUGGCUUUACAUGACUUCAUAUCUCAGCAGAGGAACGGAUUUGCAUCUCUCCAACUUCUUUCAAAGUGGAGACAUGAGGUUGGGAUGAACAUUGAAAUCGGUGCUUUCCUCAAGAAAUAUCCCCACAUUUUUCAUAUUUACAUGCACCCUGUCACGAAAAAUCAUUGCUGUAAGACCACGCAAAAGAUGGUCGACUUGAUUGCAGAGGAAGAUGCUGUGAUCAGGGAGAAUGAGACCGACAUAGUUCAGCGGCUGAAGAAACUUCUCAUGAUCUCGACGAAGGGAACUCUGAAUAUGCAUGCAUUAUGGCUCAUAAGAAGGGAACUUGGGUUGCCCGAUGAUUACAGGUCUUCUAUACUACCAAACCAUCAGCACGAUUUAUGUCUUGAAUCCCCUGAUACUCUGUCACUUGUCUCUUGGGAUGAAGAAUUAGCUGUAGCUAAGGUUGAAGAAUGGAGGGAAAAGGAGUACACCGAAAAAUGGCUGGCUGAAUCAGAGACAAAAUAUGCUUUCCCAAUCAACUUCCCUACUGGCUUUAAGAUUGAGAAAGGUUUUAGAGUAAAACUCAAGAACUGGCAGAGGCUUCCCUACACCAAACCUUAUGAGAAGAAUGAUUUGCAUCCGAUCCACAAUGUGGAGCGGCUUGAGAAACGUAUCGUUGGUAUUCUCCAUGAACUUUUAAGCUUGACAGUAGAAAAGAUGAUACCACUUGAGAGAUUGUCACACUUCAGAAGAGUGUUCACUAUGGAGGUAAACUUGCGGGAACUUCUUCUUAAGUACCCUGGCAUUUUCUACAUCUCGACCAAAGGAAGCACACAGACAGUCCUUCUGAGGGAGAGUUACAGUAAAGGAUGUCUGAUUGAGCCGAACCCUGUAUACAAUGUACGAAGGAAAAUGCUAUAUCUGAUUUUGUCUGGAUGUCGUAACGUUGGUGAACCAGAAAGUGCAAUUUGGUUUACUGAGUAUGAUCAGGGAAGCAGUCAUAAGUCACAGAACAACACACGCCAGUUGGAUACUACGAAUUCCAUAGUGGAACUUGAAAUUGGAAGUGACUCACAUGGAAAGAACCAUUUUACUGAGGAGUUCCUGCACAAACCUUGCUGUGAUUCAAAAGAAAAUUAGGUUGAAUAAGCAAUCUUGAACAUGUGGCAAUAUUAUGUUACUCCUAGUUACUGGAUGCAGACAAUUAUUCUGUGAAUCAAGUGGUGCUGUGAUCCACCAAUUACAAUCAAUUCCAGCUACUUUGAUUCACUGGCAGCAUCUGUAGUUACCUGGCAAGGCACUGAUAAAUGAUAAUAGCUUCCUGCGAGUAAAAGCAAUGGAAUUCCUCCUGACCUGCAUCUGGUUGCUUUACUGUUCUCACAUCCAGCAAUCCGUUGAUGAAAAUUAGUUCAAUGACCCAAAUAAGGUGAGUUGAUUGCUUGCAUCGAUUACAAACUUUUCAUUUCAUGCUUUAUAAAUUGGAUUUGGUUAGGUGCAACCUUUUGAUUGCAAAUUCUGAAUCCAUUGGAACAUCUGCCAACUAGUAAGUGUGUACGGAUCAAAGCAUACAGCUUCGUGGAUAUUCCCUUUUCAUUUGAUAGUUGCUUUAUAAAGUUCUCAGAAACUAUUUCAUAUAAAACUGUAUAUUGGGUAAUGCCUACGACAGAUUUCUCAUUUUCCCCAUAAAGGUUGAAAUAGAAUCAGGUUUAAUGUAACACAAAAUUCCUAGGUAUCUUUGAGCUUGUCUAAUAUCUAUAUUGCAAAGAGUGCAGAUCGUGCCAGUUACCAGCAAAGGUACCCCAGUGCUGCAGAAAAGAUGCAGGCCUUGCUGAAUCCUUACUCCUUACCAUUCACUUCAUUUGAUCUGGCUCUGGAUCAGUUCAUAUUCGUGGCAGACAUGUGAAGCAAUAACAAAAGGAUGAAGAUCUGCAAGGGAGACAAGAGAUUGCACGAUGUGUGGUACGGUAAUUGCAGAAAGCAGAAUGUUAUCCUGCUGUUAAGUGCAAGCAUGCUGCAAGGUUUUCUUCUUAUCCUUCUGCAAGCAUAUAAGAACAAGUUAAAAUAGUUGCACACUGUCGAUUUUAUUUCGCUUGACUCCAGUUAGUCAAGGUUUAAAUGUCGCAGGGGCUCCUUUUUCUGUUACAUAUGUCAUUUUUUUAGACGCUCUUUGAAAUGAUCGAGUGGUGUUAUUAUCGUUAAUUAUUGAUUAUAUAUAGUCCAGUAUUUCUUUGAACAA